CACAUUCAAUCAGGCUGUCUAAAUCAUUCGUCAAGUACCGUCAACCUUCAAUAUUUCUGAGGUGGAUAGCGGCAGAAGUCACCUGCAUCAGGAAAACCUAAUCAGAUUCGAGAACUCGACUCCGAAACACGCACCUGCAUUAGUUGAGAAGUGCGUUAGACGUGCUUGCCUAAUAAAAAUAUACACUGAACCCCGCUGUUGCCCAGGUGCUCACCACUUGUUUCCUUGCAGCUCUCUUUCCUGACCAUCGCCUUACCAUUGGACACCUGGGACCCAAUUGCCCUUUCCCCCUCGUGAUACUGGCGAAUUCGAAGGUCCCGUCUACAAGAACUUACUCUCGACCCCUCUCACUCAUUACAAUAACUUCCCUCCUCAUACUUCUGCUCGCUAUUACUCUCAAUCUGGCUGCCCCACGAGCUCUCUCUCGUCUUACUUUAUAUCUAAACCAGAUACGCCCGAAAGCUUCUUCUCCAACAGCUCUUCUAUUCUUCAACCGUUCACCCGCUCCCGCACAUCUCCGAUCCAUCGUAUCCGCUAAUAUGGCUCCCGACAAGUAUAAGAACCCUCCGCAAGCCCCGCCAACCUUCACGGGCACGAAGGAGUCUAUUGUCAACGAUGCCCAAGCUCUUUGCGACACCACGCGAUCUUUACUAGACAAUCUUGUUGCGAACGUACCUUCUGAAAAGGCCAGUUUUGCUUCUGUCCUAGCACCAAUAGCAGAAGACGAAGACCAGUCUCAGCUGAGUUCUCGAAUUCUCGGAUUCUACCAAUACGUUUCAGCCAACGAAGAUUUGCGCAAUGCUUCCACCGAGGCAGAGAAGAUUAUGGACGAAUUCUCCAUCGAGUCUAAUAUGCGCGAGGAUGUUUUCAAACUUGUCGACGCUGCUUUCCAGACCCAGAAAAGCAAAGAGCCUAACCUAGACCCCGAAAGUCUACGAUUGCUCGAGAAAGAGCGUAAAGGUUACAUCAGGAAUGGAUUAGGUCUUCCUCAAGGCCCUAAGCGAGACAGGUUCAAGGAGAUCAAGAUGCGACUCAGUCAGAUCGCAAUCCAGUUCCAGAAAAACCUUAACGAAGAAAACGAAGGACUGUGGUUCACAAAGGAGGAAUUGGAUGGAGUUACGGAUGAUGUAAUCGAUAGCCUAGAGAAAGGUACGGGAGAGAACGAAGGGAAAGUGAAACUCAACUUCAAGUACCCCGUCCUUUUCCCUACGCUCAAAUUCGCCAAGAACCCCGAGGUUCGAAAAAAGGUUUUUAUCGCUAAUGAAAAUAAGAUCAAUCAGAAUGGCCCCCUCUUCAAAGAGACCAUUCUACUACGUGACGAAGGUGCCAGACUCCUAGGGUACCCUAACCAUGCUGCUUUCCGUAUAGAAGAUAAGAUGGCCAAAGACCCAGCAGUAGUCAACUCUUUUUUGGCAGAUUUACGAACACGCCUUGCACCAGGAGGCGUCAAAGAGAUAAGCCAUCUUCUCGAGCUAAAGGAGAAGGAUGAGAAGUCAAGAGGACUAAAGCCAGAUGGGAACUACUACCUCUGGGAUCACCGUUUCUAUGACCGAAUGAUGGUCGAGCAAGAAUAUAACAUCGAUGAAGUCAAGAUUGCUGAGUAUUUCCCGCUCCAGAGUACAGUUCAGGGGAUGUUACAUAUCUUCGAAGAAUUGUUCGGCUUGGUGUUUGUGGAACUAGAUGCUGGUGAGCGGAAACGGUUAUCGCCGACUGGUAAAGCCGAAGACAUCGCUUGGCACGAAGAUGUGAUCCUCUUUUCUGUCUGGGACGACAGCUCUGAAGGUGAUGGCUUUGUUGGCUAUCUCUAUCUCGAUUUACACCCACGACAAGGAAAAUAUGGCCAUGCCGCUAACUUCAACCUGCGACCUGGUUUCCUGGAGAAAGAUGGUACACGCAAGUAUCCCGCUACAGCCCUAGUGUGUAACUUCUCCCAACCAACAGAAAAGAAGCCCUCGUUACUCAAGCAUGACGAGGUGGUUACGCUGUUCCAUGAGCUCGGACAUGGUAUCCAUGAUUUGACUGGCCGAACUAAGUACAGUAGAUUCCACGGGACAUCGACAGUUAGGGACUUCGUCGAAGCCCCAAGUCAGAUGCUUGAGAACUGGUGCUGGACGCCUAGUCAGUUAAAGGCCCUCUCAAACCAUUACCAAACUGGCGAGAAGAUUCCCGAUGAAUUGAUCGAGAAACAAAUCUCAACCGAACACGUUAAUGAUGCACUAUUCAAUCUCAGGCAAUUGCACUUUGGUAUUUUCGAUAUGGCGGUGCAUUCGCCUGCUACCCAUGAGGAGCUCGAGAAGCUUGAUGCUAGUGCUCUUUAUAACGAUCUCCGAACUCAGAUUGCUGGCAUUAAGGGCCCCGAAGCUCUAGGUGAACCAAGCACUUGGGGCAAUGGCCAAGCAACCUUCGGUCAUCUCAUUGGGGGCUACGAUGCUGGUUACUACGGCUACCUUUCUUCAAAGGUCUACAGCACAGACAUGUUCUAUACUGUUUUCAAGAACGACCCAAUGAACGGAAAGGAAGGCCGUAGAUACCGUCACACUGUUCUUGAACGCGGCGGUAGUCAGGACGAGAUGACCACACUCGAGCAAUUCUUGGGCAGGAAGCCUAGCAGCGACGCGUUCUAUAAGGACCUUGGUCUUACAGCUCUUACUUCUACUGCGUAAGACAUACAUAUAUUUAAGGCUAUUAGCUAUGCGGCUCAUCGAAAUCGGAAGCUAUCCGACGAACCUCGCACAUGGAUAUCCCAUGGUUGGCUAUACUAAUGAACCCCUUACUUCUUUCAAAAUUUCGAGGUUAGAGGCAAUUCAUAUAGAGUGUAGUUGAAUAGGCUACAUUGUCUGUAGAAAAUAAAGACUUUUUGCUAAUUAUCAUUUCGGAUGGGGAUAUGAUCUAGCAUGAACAGAG